AUGGAAUAUACUUGGCACAUGGAGGAUUCUGGACAAGAUAAUAAUAUAAGAACCACCAGCGGCAGACUGCAAGGGAGAAGUCAAGGUCCGGGCUUGAUCGACGAGCUGGAGGCUUUCAUUGGACCCGUUGGCGACGGCUGUUAUCCACAGCCUCUAGAUGCGCGUCGGAUAGGGGGCCACCAAUUGCCAGAAAGUCCUCCAGACUCCGGCUCGGAGAACCCGUACAGUCCAUCAGAACAAGUGCCUCACACUAUCACUGUAUCCCAAACAGUUUUGGGUCCAGAUUACAUGCUGGUACACGACCACAUCACAAACCAUGAGAUCCUACAGCCUGAUGGGGAGUACAUAUACGAGGAGCUGAAAUCUGAUAAUCUAGACCAUGAUGUCUUGAGAAAUAAUCUCAACGAUGUCGUGGUGUUACCUCAAGAUCCUAGCAUUGUAGAAUUGGGUAUAAGAACAGUUAGACAGGAUUUGGGGCUAGAUCCCUAUCAGCGGUAUACACAAAUGAGGGUGGAUAUGCCUGAGUUGGAACAAGGACUGAUAAAUCCCCAAAUGGUUGCACUAGGUCAUGAAGGAUUAACGCCAGUGUACACUAGCCUUCAAGAACCUAGUACCAAAAAAAGAAAACACUCACAAGAUACUAACUCACAAGUCAAAUGUGAACCUGCAGCUCUGUCACCCGAAAGUGCCACCAAUGUCCGCCCUCCCCCCUCCGUUGAUGGAUCAGAAGCUGGUGAUGAUCCUCCAUUACAAUGCAUACGAUUUGCGCCUUUCCAGCAAAACUCUUGGCAUACUCUUUAUGACUGCAAUUUGAAACCUCUACCACCCCCUUCAUACGUUGUUGGUGCAGAUAAAGGUUUCAACUACUCACAAAUAGACGAGGCGUUUGUCUGUCAGAAGAAAAACCAUUUCCAGGUGACCUGUCAAAUUCAGAUGCAGGGUGACCCGCAUUAUGUUAAAACCAAUGAAGGUUUCAAAAAAAUCAACAACUUUUGUCUGCAUUUCUACGGCGUAAAGGCUGAAGAUCCAAGUCAAAUGGUGAAAGUAGAACAAAGUCAAUCGGAUAGGACCAAGAAACCAUUUCACCCAUGGCCUGUUGAUCUGCGUAGAGAAGUUACGAAAGUGACAGUGGGACGUUUACACUUCGCUGAAACAACUAACAACAACAUGAGGAAGAAAGGACGACCCAAUCCUGACCAGAGACAUUUCCAAUUGGUCGUUGCUCUGAGAGCACAUUCAGCGCACAACGACUUCAUGUUAUGCGCUCAAGCUAGCGACAGAAUUAUAGUCAGGGCAUCGAAUCCAGGACAGUUCGAGUCAGAUUGCACUGAAAACUGGUGGCAGCGAGGUGUUUCUGAAAACAGUGUUCACUUCAACGGAAGAGUUGGUAUCAAUACGGACCGGCCUGAUGAAUCAUGUGUCGUCAAUGGUAAUCUGAAAGUAAUGGGCCAUAUACUACACCCUUCAGACGCACGCGCUAAACACAACAUUGAAGAGUUGGACACAGCACAACAACUGCGCAACGUUCAAAGCAUUAGAGUUGUCAAAUUUAACUAUGACCCAUCUUUUGCUGAACACUCUGGCUUAUUAGGCUAUGACCCAACCGCCCCCACCCCACAAUUAGAUACUGGUGUCAUAGCACAGGAAGUAAGGAGGGUAUUGCCAGAGGCGGUGAAGGAAGCCGGGGAUGUUACAUUACCCAAUGGAGAUACAAUACCGAAGUUCCUGGUAGUGAAUAAGGAUCGUGUCUUCAUGGAGAACUUAGGAGCCGUCAAAGAGCUGUGCAAAGUGACUGGUAACUUAGAAUCCAGAAUAGAUCAGCUGGAAAAAAUCAACAAGAAAUUAUGUAAAAUAAGCAUACUCCACCGUAGAGAUAGUUAUAGCUCUAGAUCCAGUGUCAGCAAUGAUUCCCGUUACUCAGCCGCCUCUAACUCCUUAAAAUCUCUAUAUAGCGAAGGAAACAUAUCUUUAGACCAAAUCAGAGAUAUCGCGCGCAAUAUCCGACGGCACAAGUGUUGCCAUAAACCGAGCCAUAACUCCCCUAAGUAUACCCGAAAACAGUGCAAAAACUGUCAGGGCACCUGCAAGUUCGGCAAAUAUUAUAAUUAUAACAAAACCUGUGUUAGACAUUAUUCAAGCAAAGAUGAUAAAAUAGAGACCCUGGAGCCUAAAUACGUCGAACAGAAGGUCCCAGAAGAAGACUUUAGCACGAUUUCUAAAAAGAAAGAUCCCUGUUUGUGGCUGCGAGAAGAUGAAUUAUCAUACGGUAACACCAGAUUGCCUUUCUGUUGUCGACGGAAAGAUUAUGGAGACAGUAGUAGUGAAUUGAUAUCGAAUAAGUUCUUACAGAUUGUCAUAACUAUUUUGAUCUUCAUCAUGGCAGUAUGCUUAGUUGUGAUGUCAGCUCUAUAUUUCCGGGAGCACCAAGAGUUGCUAUCGAUGAAGGAGACCCGUAUGCACGACAAAUACGCCAACUACCCACAUUACGGCAAAUUCAAUGUCAACAACGCGCAUCGGACGCCGCCCGACCAAAACCAGAUUCAGAAUUUAAAACCUUUACCCCACGCUACAGGAAAAAAACCAAUCAAAGAAAAAAGUUUACACAAAACUACUCAAGAGUAUAGCACUGUAUCAUCGACGGAAACGCCUCACACACUGGCUACAACACUUACAGCUAACUACGUAAAGAAUCUUAUAAGCAACACAAUAAGACAAACAUCACAGACGCCAUUCUUAGAGCGUCCUAUACGACUUACUCGUAUAUCUGAUGUAUUAGGAUCAGGAUGUACAGUUCCAAUCAAUACAGAUAAUGAACUAGACGCUGAUUGUCAGUCAUCUUGCGGCCUUGACCAACCCCAAGCAUAUGAAAACCAAGAACCUCUAGAAAGGAAACCAGAAAAAGAAAUCAAUGAAACAUUCGCACGUCCUCCAGAGCCAUCCACAAAAGACAAACAACCUAUCAUACCACUAAUACCCGAAAGAAAUAAUUCAGAACCUGUUAAAAGUGACAAUGAGUCAUUCAAAUCUGUGGAUAUAAUAGCUGACACAAACUCAUUGGAUUCAAACAAACAGAAUUUCACUGACAAUACUACUAGAAUGAAAAGAGGUGUAAAAAUUAACCACCUUCGUGUAGUGAGACAGACAAAUGAAGCUAUAAGUAGUUCUGAGGAGAUUAGUAUGGGAGAUCAAUCGGAAGAAAUUGCAUUGAAGGAAUGCGACAAAGUUCACGUCGGUGUUUCCAGCAAGUCGAUCACCAACGGUUCUCUAUUCAUCGAACAAGUCUGCCCCCGUACCGUUUACAAUCAUACGUACACAAUGCCUCUGUCCCAUUGUCUACAGCAGAAACAUAUCGAUGUCACUUUCAGGUCAUUGAAACUAAAAGAAUUCCAUCGUUGCGACCGGUUUGAUUGUCAUCAUGAUUCGCCCAGUUGUCGUAAACUAGUUCUAACUGAGACCGCCUGGUCUACCACCGUUAAUUUGAAUUGCAAUGUUGAUAAGGUGUUGAAAAUAAGAGGAACUUUCAUGCCGUUCGAGGACAUCUGCAAAAUAUCGCCGGAAGAUAAAAUUCCAUUCGUGGAAUACAAUAUCCGUGUUUACAGAUAUUGUAACUAAUAUAAUUUGGGAACGCACAUCGUCAUAGUUCAGGAUUAAUACUAAUUUAUUGGUGUAACAAAAUAUGAAAAUUCAAGAUUUAAUAUACGUUUUUGACAAGUCUCGACAUCACCGUAAAGAUAAUUAUCUUUGGAUUAGUAACAAUUAAUAAAAUUAUUAAUUUUGUAAUAAUGAAUUAUUUUUAUUUAUUUAAAAUUACAAAUAAAUGUAUGCAUAGAAAAUGUGUACCAGAAGAAAUCAAUAUGUAAAUGUUUCUUUGUUCUCGAAAUGAAUCUCGUACUCAAUAUGAAGUUU